CAUUCGACAAUAAUAAAAUAACUGGUGGUGCGACUACGUCCAACAGAAUUAGCGCGACUGAAAAAUCGUCCGCCAUCAUUCCGCGGGUUUCGACGGGAACUUGAACACGCACACGCCGUGACGACUACACACUCGUGACUUUCUUAAAAACGUUUUAUAAACAAAUKUUGAUGAUGCACCGCUGGACGACGACCGGUGGUGGCGAAUCGUCAUCGUCAGUGUUGCGGCUGUCGGCGAUCGGCAAAUGCUUGUUAUUGUUGUGCUGGUGCUGCGCCGUAACAACUUGUAUCGCGGACUCGGGAGACUUCGACGACUAUCGUUUCGACGGCACCCUUUGCGAGUUUUACCAGCUCAUCGAGCCCGGCAACAGGUCGUACUACUUGUACUCGCCCGGUUACCCGGACCCGUAUSUGGCCGACGACCAGGACCGGGAAUGUCGGUGGUUCGCCAAGACGCCUUCGCCCGCCGACCGGUUGGUGUUGGACUGCCACGUGUUUGAUUUGCCCGAGAGUUUCUUUUGUGAAUCGGAUGCAUUGAUUGUGUCUCGAGUUGGCGACACAAACUUCACGGACGGCGUCAGGCACUGCGGACCCAGAUCGUUCACAGCAGUCAGUCGUACAAACAGGAUGUACAUCAAGUUCGUGGCAAAACGUCAGAGCAAAAGUGGACGAUUCAUGUGCUCGGUGGGAGCGAAACGUGUGGAUUUUUGGAUCCCGGAGACCGUGACAAAUCCACAGUUUUGCGAGUGCGGAGAGCAAGACAAGGGAGUGUUUGCCAACGAUAAAACAGGUGGCGUGAAUGAGUAUCCGUUAAUAGCUUCGCUGAUCGACGGGCAGACGGCCAACCUCUUUUGCGGCGCAACGAUCAUUAGCAGGCACCACGCGCUCACUGCUGCCCACUGUCUGACAAAUGUCAAUCCGUUUCAAAUUGCCCUUUUGGUUGGCGACCACGAUAUGACCUCUCUAGGUAGCGAUGGUGAUCCGUCAUCAUUGGUCGUGGUCACCGAAAUUUAUAUACACCCGUUGUUUGAUCAGUCAUCCAUUGCACACGACUUGGCCAUCGUCGAGACUCACGAAGUAAUUCCGUUUUCGUCUAAGGUAGGACCAGCGUGCUUACCAUUCAAGCACAUCUACAACGAUUUCGAUGGUGAUGUCAUCAGAGUAUUUGGUUGGGGGACUGUAAACUUUGACGAUCAUCCCGUAUCUGGCAAUCUCCAGAAAUCGUACCUCAAGGUUGUGCCGACGUCACAAUGUGUCGAAAAGUAUAAAAACGAGACCUACCGCAAUCAGUUGUGCACAUACUUCACCAAAGUCAAUUCUUGUCAAGUGGAUUCGGGUAGCCCACUUUUAUGGUCUGACCCAUCUACUGGGAGAUUGAACAUCAUUGGAGUAGUUAGCAACAGGUUUGUCUGCGAUGAAUCGACACCAUCUACGCACACCAAACUGACGACUGUCAAUAACAUGAAUUGGAUUAAAGUGAUACUUACAGGACAAUAUUACUGCAGUUGAUUACAUGCUGUUUCACCUGUACUCUGUAAGUGCAUGCAAAGUUAAUUACUAUAAAACAAUGUUUUCAUAUUUUUUGAGAAUUCUUAAUAAAAAUCUGAACCUUCCAGUCCUACAUUAAAAAUUUAAUUUAUGAGUGAYAUAAUGAAUACAUGUUGUUUUAGUUCAACGAUUUUUAUUAUAUAUAUUUUCCAAAGUGUUUUCACUGGUUGAUUCUUUCCUCGAGCCACCGCAUUAUAAUGAAUUAAAAAACAUCACUUAUGCUCAUUAUACUAUUAUUUUUGUUUAGAUUGUCUAAUUUC